CGGAGGAAGCUGGUGCAGUUGGUACAAGCACGCCGCUCUUCCAGAGGUGCGCUCAACAUUUACGGAUACACACACUCUUCUCCAGCCACGUCUGCGGACGCAGAAGUAUCACCGUGAUGGUCCGCCUGCACGGCCGAGCCCCGACCAAGCGGGACCGCGAGGCGGAGAAGCCCCUCCUGCCGCUGGCUAUCGGGGAGCUGAAGGACGAGCCUACGGGCAGGGUGACGCUCCAGCCCGACCACGACUUCGCCCACUCUGAUACCCGUGAGAAGGCCCGGAAGAUCCCGGGUAUCAAAGUGCUGGACAGCGGCAAGGAUAACUCCUGCAGGUUAAAGGCCACCAUCCUGUUCCUCGUCGCUCUAGCCUUUGCUGCCACAGCCACGUGUCUGGUUGUCUGGAGGGUGUACUACAACGGGGACCAGUGUCCGCCCGGGCAGCUGAGAAAGGGCAACCGUUGCUUCUUCUCCAUCCACCGCACGCCUGGGGCCUACUACCCCCGCCCGAGCCCCGAACACUCCUCCGCCGUCAAGAACGUCAACAAUAACAACGCCGAGAAAGGACCGUCUCACCGCCACAUCCGCCCCGAGGGAAGGCAUCCCGAUGAGGUGUUGAAGACAGAGCAUUGGUAUCCCAAGCCGUUCUACCAUGUGGAAACGGGCUUCUUCCCACCUGAGUGGCUCAAGCCGAGGCCAACUAAGCACGCUCCCACCACCUCCACCCAUGAUAAUCCACCAAAGGUCAUUCAGAAGCCAACCGAGGUACCACGAACGCGACGGCCUUUCAGUGGUGUCUGGAAAGCUCUUGGGCUGACCACCGAGCAGACCGUGGUACCUACCCCCACCCAGCCUGCCACUAGUACCAAACAACAGCACACCACCACAGUCAAAGUCACUACGGAGAAGCCACACCACGCGACCGCCUACAUCAGCGCCAAGCACCGCACAGGUACCCGUAGCUCUCCACAAAACCACACCUGUUUCCACUACUAAAAUGGUUCAAACGACCACUACUCCAA